GCCUGGUCCGGAUGAUGCGCUCCUCUUCCCGGGCAUGACACACUUUGGGCUGCAGAGCCGAGCCACGCAGCGUGGCGACACGAGCACCGGUGAGGCGGAAAGCUGAGAGGGGACGAUGGUGAUGAGGGAUGGCGGUGAAGGACUAACGAGGCUCUGCAGGACMCGGAAAAAGGUGGCGGCGAGCGGAUGACGGGGCACGGUGAAGCUGUGAGGAUGGGACCGGACCAGGAGGAUGCUCCGCGCGGAUCGUGCUGCUGUUGCUGCCGCUAAAAUCUUGGGCGUCAUCCGGAGUUGAACGAAGCGCUAUUCUGAGGAGGUGGGCCAAGUCCCGGGACGGAGGAAGGAAGGAGGGGGCGGGGGGGAGGACCACUGAGCGGUAUCAGGAGGCUGCUGGUUGGUGAUGAGAGGAGCAGAUCUGAGGAGUCCUGACACACAUUUCUGCAGUCACGUAAACGGCAGUGCUUUGUGGCCGAGAGCAGUUCACAUUGGCUUCCUGCCUGAUGAGAUGUGCCCAGAGGAAACACAGUGAAGGGGGUUCAUGUUGAUGAAAUUGAUCUGCUCAGUGAGCUCCAACCAGAGCCAUGGGGAGUACCCAGACUGUCGGGGUGAGAGGGAAUCAGUUGGGGAGGCAUCUCUCCUGGUGUCUCCGCUGGUGGUGGCCGGGAUCGUUAUAGGUCUCGUCCUUUUCCUCUCCUGCGUCACCAUCAUCAUCGGCAGCCUGCGCAAAGACAGCCGACUCCGAAACCCACACUUCCGUGCCAGCUAUGGACCAGAUGGUUUUUCCUACGGAGGUUCCGCAGGAGAACUGAGGUCUAGCUGCAUAGAAGACUUUCCUCCUGGUUUAGACUUUGACUCGUUUAGAGAAAAUCUGUCUCAAAUUAGCAACCUGUACCCUGACUCACCCCCACGAUAUGAUGAGUGUGUUGGACCAGGUUCCACUCAGAUCUACAUCCCCACAGAUGACCCGCCUCCUUAUUCUUUACUGGACCCCUGUCGGAGCCUGGCAGAGCCAGAGGAGCAGCCCGCCUACACGAGUCCAGAUGCCUCUCCGAGCUACGGAGAGACGUCAGCGAGCGCUGCCUGGUCUCCCCCCACCCACUAUCCCCUGGGACUGCAGGAGCAGCAACACGUUGCGUCCAUUUCUUUCUCCCUGGAGGCAGCGCCGCCUUACGAGUCGGUGUUGGCUGAGCAGGGACAGCCCCUCCCUCUCAUGCCAUGUGACCUUUAUAAACACCAUUCAGAAAGGGGCAACGAUGAAAACUCCUCACAGCUCCCAGCGAACCAGAUCUCAUAGGACAUUUAAUUGGUUUUCUUCACCUGAGCUCUCAGCGGUCCCCAGUUGACUUAAACAAAAAAACACUUUAAUGUGGGGGGAGCUGGCUGUUCGGAGCAGCUGUGGGCCAAAUAAUGGAAACUAAUGAGAUCUGCACAUCUUUCACACAGUUGAUAAGACACAAAAAUCACUGUGGCUCACAUCACAGCAGAGACUGUCUGUUUCAGGCCACGAAACAAACAAACAAAAAAACCUGAAUGGAAACGCUUUGUUUCUGGGACUUCCUUCAUGAUCAGUUUGGUCAUCGCAGUGAUGCUGUGUUGGACAAAGACUCGUGCUAAAUGGUCUAGUUCAGGAUUUUAUGUUCACAUUAUUAAACAUUGUUUGUGAAAUAGAAUUGAUUCAAAGGUUAUGUGCCAUGGAAGAGUUUAAAGAAGGAAAAAAACAGUGUUACUGAUGUCGGUGUCAUUGUGUAGUUUAGAGAAUAUACAAGCACAUAGUUACCACCCUACAGAUCUUUUUUUUUCCAUUUCUACUAGUAAACUACAGCACAGGCUAAUGUCUUUGUAGGGUACACAAUAAGGCUGAUUUAUAGUCCAUGAGUUAUAAGACAUUGUGUCUUGCUGACGUGGUUGGGUAACAAAAAUUACUUUUUUUUCUCACGCCCUUCACUGAAACCCCGUCUCGCGCAUUAGCCCCAAGCAGAACUUCUGUCUUGCAAGGUAUAGGUCAGGUGUUAUGUGAUUGGUCAGAACGUUGUGUGUGUGUUUAUGCUGAGAAGCAGGUGAAGCAAACCUUAUAAAGACGGUAAAGAACAAGUUUUGUGCAUGGAGGAAACAGCUCUGAGACACAGGCAGCUACGCUAGCCAUGAGGGAUUUACCCCGGAUUUACACUGCUUACACUCCACCGCCACACGGACUCUGCAGUAAAAAUAAACCCUUUAUAGUCAAAGAGGCGUUCACGUCACCUCCGCAGGGCGGCGGUGUGUGCACACGGCCGACCAGCAAAACUCAACCUGAGUCUAUUUUUGCCAGAAGCUGGAGCAAGCGCGAAGUUAAUCUUCAAAUAUCACAUCGCACCAGCAGGAAAAUGAACGAGAACACCUGUGUUUUCAAAAUAAUUCACCAAAGAUGCACUCAAAUUUUUUGAAACCCUAGCUACAUUAAUAAAUAUGGGUAAUUAAUACAUAUAUGCUGUCAAAAUAUCUCAUUAAUGGAYUUUAAUGCACACAUAAACAUGAAUUUUAUUCUGAAAAAAAGACAAAGAGAUGAUAUUUUAACUGCCGUUUCAAGUCCGUCUUCCACAGAAUCAAUUAUUUUGGUGUGACUUCAGCAUGCCAUUUUCAUGGUAGUGUAAACCUGGGGUUACCUGGACUUCUCUCUGUAGUUUCUCUUUCAAAAAUGAAUCAUCCACGAGAAAAAUAACUGUCUACAAUCACGCCAGCGAGCUCUGACAUCUGACGUUUUGUUGAAGUGCUAAACCUUUAGAAGAGCGUGCUGUUUUGUAACUGUCUACGUGCUGGUAGUAUCCUUCCUAAUAGAUGAAAGACCUUGUAAUAAAAUAGUAGUACGUUAUCACUUUGAAGUACUUAGUAACACUUAUCCCAAGUCCCUAUUUUUCUCAUGUAUAUUUAAAUCUUUCAGCACAAAAAGGAUGCUGUUUUAGAAGAUAUUGUUAAUAUUUUUUUGCCGCAUGACUCUGUAAUCACAGGAGAGAGGCUCAGCUUGUUCCAUUUUUGUCACAACUCUUUAUAUCAAGGGCUCUAGUUUUAAUACCAAGCUAAAACUGGACCCCAGUAGCAAAAUGUAGCUGAGAACCUUCCUCCUCGUGCGGUUUGGUUCAUGCAACAGAGACUUUACACAGAAAACUGUAGAUUUUAUCCCAGUGUUCUCUCAGAAUGCUUUUUUUCCUCCUUUAAAAAUUAAUUGCUAUCAAUUCUCUUUUCCACAAUAUAUAUAUAGGGAGUGUUUUGCAGAUUGUUAAAAUGACCAUUUGCUUGGAAAUGUGUACAAACAAAGAGUYGAAGCAUGACAGGAAUAAUAAGCUACAUAGGAAUGUUUAAUAGUGUUCAACUUUGCCAGUUGAAUCAGUUUUAGGAGUGGAAAAAAAAUCCCACUUUAACAGAUUUCUUGUAUUUGUCAGCUGUGAUGUAUUAUUUUCUAAUCAGAAAUAGAGCAGUUGUGAAUGUUUAAGUCUGUUUAAUGUCUUUGUCAUGCAAAAGUGCAAACAUAUGAGAGGAAAUUUGACAGCRCCACAGAAAUGCUUGCAAACAAUAUUUUUCUCAAACUGCUAAAUUGUGGCAACUCUGACUAAUGAAUAUGCAUCAUAUUGAGUAAAACAGAAUCUUAAAAUUCAUGGGUUUAUAUUCCCAACAUGACUGCAACGAAACACCAGAAAUCCACCCAGUUAGCUAAGAUAGAGGUUUAUUAGGCCAAUAAUUAAACUAAAUUUAACUACACACACAAACAUGGUGGACAGCAGCRUGAGGAGUGAAAUCCCCUGUGAGACUUAGCAGGUAAGCCAUUUAUCUGCACCUUCACAGGUGCAGCCAACGAGGACAGUURCGACAACAAAACCUAUGUAACAACGACGACUCCUGCACUGCAGCUGCAAAGCCAGAGGAGCUGUGGAGGAAAAUAACACCUCCCCCUCAGGGGAGUAAUUCUCACAAUGAAGCCUCUAUUUCUGUCCUUUGAGCCUUCRGAUAAUAAAGAAACAUGAGUGAACUAAAGAAAACAAGCAGGCAGCCCAAUAAAGUCGUAGUCAUAUCAGUGCAGAAGAUAAAUCACAACGCUCCAAACCUGAUUACUGAAGUGCUGCAGUCACACACUGCUAAUGUGCUCACACAAACAGCAGCAGAGGACUAAAUAGUCGCACUAAACAUUACAUGUGGAGCACAAUUCACCUAAAAAAAACAUAGCAGGAAAACUCUAAAAAAACUGGAUGCAGCUGUAAAAACAAAACACUGCAGAGGUUAGGAAGGCUUACUUUCUCACCUGGUGACCACAAAAAUGUAGCCAUGAUAGAAACUAUUUCAUGAAGGAAUCCAUAUGGCCCACUGCCUUUUCAGUUCCUUCUGCAGCCUGAAGACUGAAAACAAAAAAUAAGACGGAAAAAGAUCAUUAUCGUUUUAAAAAGAUUCUAAUAAUAUUUCUCUCAAUCUAAAAGACAGAUAGUUUGAAUUCUGAUUACCCACGGCUACAAAAUAGUAAAUGGUCUGAACUUAUACAGCGCUUUAUYAAGCCCAGUCGGACCCUAAAGCGCUUUGAACUACAGUCAUUCACACACUGAUGGUAAGCUACAUUGUAGCCACAGCUGCACUGGUGCACACUGACAGAGGCCACUGGACUGGCCUCUGACCACCAUCAGCAGGCAAGGUGGGUGAAGUGUCCUGCCCAAGGACAUAAGGACAGAUGGUUGGAAUAGGGGAUUGAACCAGCAACCCUCCAGUUAAAGGACCACUCUACCACAGCCACCCCAAAGUUUAAGACUUGAGAAAAUUAUGUGUUUUUAGUCAAAAUGUUUCAGCUAUUUUAGUACAACCUGAACCAAACAUUAGUUCAUUGUUGACCUGAAUAUCUGACACAGUGGUUCAAUAACAAAUGGACUAAAUGCUGUCUAUACUUUAGUUUUUUUCUUCUUACAUAUACAGAUACAGAAGCAGCAGUGUUUGUAUGGAGGUUUGUGUGCGGAGGAGAUAAAACUUAGAGAUUCUGGAGACACUAAGACCUGUAGACACCAUUUUAUCACCAGUUAUUAAAGCAGGAAGUCAUUAUAGACUAAGUUUUAAUAGCAUUAUAUUAAAUGUUUGUUAUUAAAAUAUAGUUUGUCCAGAUUGUGUGUUUUCAGCUUUUGUAUGUUGAUUUAGAAAACAGUCAUUGUGUGAUUUUCUGAUUGAAGGUGUGCCUGUUCACUGAUGUGAUUUGUUAAAUUCAGUAUACAUUUUGAGGAGCAAAUUUUAUUCAGACUUCAAGGGAUUAUUCUUUUUUUAUUUUUAUUUUUUAUUUUUUAGUUUUGGAGCUGAAAUCAAAAUUUAUUUCUGUUAUUUUCUAUUUUUAUUAAUAAUUAUCAGAUAUUCCAAAGAUUUAUAACUGUCUCUUGCAAAUUUUAUAAUUCGUCCACCACCAAUUUCACUUCUGUUCUCAUGUUUUGUUUUGUUGUUUUUUUUUUUACUUAUUUUCAGCAAAUUUCAAAUAAACAAAACAACCAUUUACACCAGAAUGCCUCUUAAUCCACAUUUGCAGGUUUCAAAUAAUAAUAACAAAAGCUAUUUAAUUAACUAUUGUGUUUCUCAUAUGACAUACAAUGUUUAACAAUCCUGCACACACAUGGGAAUAUUGUGUUGGUUUAAACGUCACGUGAUKCAUUCCAAGCAUCCAAUUGCUUAAAACUUAGCCCCGCCUUCACAGUGAAGGCCAAUCACAUUGUACAGUAGAGGGUUAAUUUGUACUUAAUGAACACAGCGAUGAACGUAAUUCAGUUUCAUCGUCAGCCACCAGAGGGCACUGCAGAGCUACAAUUAGUAGAUAUUUGGCUGUUUUACUCACUUUUUCCUAAACAUGACUGAGAUAGCUCGGUGCUCAGUGCCACAGUCUGGUUAUCCUGAGGUUGCAGGUUUGAGCUYUGGGUACAUCAGGUGGGGCAUCUGGUAAAAAAAUAAAUAAAUAAAAAUUACCAAAUCUCACUGGGAUGACCCCUGGAAAAGAAAGCAUCUGAUAUAAUAAAAAACAAUUUACUUAUUCCAAAUUUAUAUUUAAUUUUUCAUCUUUUAACAGUGAAUCAGACUGAUCACCUGGCUCCAUGCUGAGUUCAUAUGAGGRUAGAGUGUAUAGGACAUUUCAAAUGCGUGUCUGUAUUAUUUGUUAGUUUAAACACCCAGACUGGGUGUGACAAAAUUUGUCAGUCAAAUUAAUGUAAUGUUUUUGAAUGCAUCAGUCUGGUGCUUUSCUUUAAUUUGUUGGUGUUUUUGUUGUAAGUAAUUCAAAUGUAAAUGCUGAUGUURACAUCACGCUCCAAUUCAUCCUUCUAUUUUUUCCCAUUCCCCCUGUAAAAUAAUAUCCUGAAAUGUUUUAUUGAAUUGUACAUUAGUUUUUUUUUGUUUGUUUUGUAGAAAAAGUGAAUAAAGCUGAUCUCUUGUUAAA